AGGGCACUUUAUAUCACAGAUUUUCUUAGAGAGGCAUUUUUAACUGAGUGAUAGUAAAGGAUUUCAAACUGAUUUUCUUGUCCUUUGCCAAGAAGUUCCAGUUCUCAUUUCAGUGACGGCAUCAGUGUAUUCAUAUAACUAUCUAUUUAUCUUUCUGUCUAUCUAAAGGUCCUUUCCAGAUUCAACUGUUCUGUGAUUCUGUGAUUCCCCAUUACAGUGAGAUAUUUUCCCGUUUAUCACUGGAACGAAAAAAUGCACAAAGUUACCGCAACUAACUCACUGUAAGGCACAUGAGAAUGUCUUCUGUACAUCUCCUUCAGUUUUUGAUCUUUUAAUAUCACCUCAUUGUAUCAACUAGAGAUAUAAUUUUGCUUAAUCGGGCCUCAGAGUGGAAUGACGUUGCUUUACCUUUUUUUCGGACGAAUGAGAGAAUCCAGCUUCAUGACAGCUAUGUGGGGGUAUCAAAUAAAUACUGGCCUUGUUCUUCUUCUGUUUUUCUGGAGUUUGGCAGAAGCUGGAAAGCUCUUGGUUGUGCCUCAAGAUGGAAGUCACUGGCUGAGCACGCGUGUGGUUGUGGAUAAACUCUGGGAAAGGGGACAUAAUAUUGUUGCAGUAAUUCCGGAAGCUUCUUUGCUCAUGAAAAGCUCAGAAAAUUUCAUCAUCAAAACAUACACUGUGCCUUACACACAGGAAUCUUUGGAUAGAUAUUACCAUUCCAUUGGUAAAGAUUGUUUUUUUAGCCCUCUCCUUCUAGAAAAAAUUACAAUUACUCUCAAAAAUGUAUCAGAAAUGACCACCAUGUUCUCUUCUACCUGUCGACAUCUUUUAUAUGAUGAAGAGCUAAUGAAAUACCUCCAGGAUAGCAACUUUGAUGCCAUUAUGAUGGAUGCUGUGUGGCCCUGUGGACCAAUUAUUGCUGAAUUUCUCUCUUUCCCUUCAGUGUACUUCAUGCGCGGUCUUCCAUGUGGCUUAAACUACAGAGCUGCCCAGUGUCCUAAUCCUUUUUCUUAUGGGUCAAGACUUUUCACGUCCAGCUCAGAUUACAUGACGUUUACAGAGUGUGUGAAGAACCUCCUGGUUGGUUUUUCAGAGCAUAUACUUUGCUAUCUGUACAGCAAAGUAUAGUAUAGUAUAGCAAAGUAUAGUAUAGUACUGUACAGUUCUCUUCAAAAUAUGAGAACUUGGCAUCUGAGUUUCUUCACAGAGAUGUAACAAUACUGGAACUGUUUAGCACAGCAUCCA